AUGGCCAGGGCGCAGGUAGCGGCGAUGGCGGCUGGCGGCCCCGGGCCCGGCCCUUCCGGUCCUGGCAACAGCACGGGACGCAGCAGGGAGAGCAGCGCUUCCAUGUGGGCUCCACCGCUGCCAAUAGCAGUUGGGGGAGUUGCAAGCGGUCACGGUGCCAUGCGUGCGUACGGCAUGCACUCCGACGGUGCAGCGGCAGCGGUCGCCAACGCCGCCGUCGCCGUCGCUGGGCCCCAUGCUGCUGCUGUGAACAUGCCCGUUGGGCCAGGCUUGCAUUCGGGCGGCUCACGAGGUUCGCGUGGACAUUCCCGCCAUGCGUCGUACGACAGCAUUGACGUAAACUCGAGGGACGGUGACGGCGUCAGCCAACGCGGUAACAGCGGGGGUGUCGGCGGCGGUGCUGCCGUGGACGCACGUGCAACACCGUUUGUGUUGUAUGGCGGCGGUGCCGCAGCCACCGCGCCGCCGCCACCGGCGCCGCUGCAGCGGAUUGCCGCCGACCCAACCUCUGACUUGUUGCAGCAGAAUUUGCAGCUCCAAAGGGAGUUGGAGCUCUUAAGACAGCAAGUGGCGCUAUUCACUCAACCGUCAGUCACGGGGCGGGUAGCGGGGAGUCUUGCGGCUGUGGCAGGGCCAGGGGCUCCUCCAGGGCCCAUGUCAGCGCCGCCGUCGUCCAAUCGCCACAAGCGGUCUGCUUCGAUUGACGUGUCCUCCCUGAUUGCGACGCGGGACGGCAUAGGGCCCGCGAAGGACUACCUGGCGCCGGCGGCCUCACAGUCGCCGGCGGCUGCCAGCCAUGCGCCUCAGGGCCACCUGUCGCCAGAACGUCGGUCGCCCCUGGCGCGAGAUGGCGGCACAGGCACCGGCACUGGCACUGGCAAUUUCAUGAUGGGACAUAAGACCGCACCGCCGGCGUUGGAGGCCUUGCGCCAGAAUCACCCCGGCAUGUCGUUGGCCCAAGCGGGCGUCUACAUCACGUUGAAGCCACCGGCACAAAAAGGCGGCCCGGUUCGGCUGGUCAAGGUUCGCUUCAAUCGCAAGAUGUUCACGGAGCAGUCUCAAGGCCAGGCCUGGUGGAACAUGCACAGGGCGACACUGGUGGCGAUGUACGAGCUGACCUUCGACAUGGGGAACAAGCAAUUUGGUUCGGGGGGAAGCGGCUCGGCUGGCGGUGUUGGUGUUGGUGUUGGUGGCGAUGGCGGUGGCGGCGGCGGAGGGCCAUUAUACCCAGCGACUGCUACCGCCCUGGCGACGACUGCUGCCGCUGCAGCGGCGCAGCCGUACUAUCCCUCUCACCAGCGUGCGCAGUCUGGUGGCGGGUCGUCUGGCAGGUCGUGA